UCCCUCACUUGUUUCUUUUUUUUUUUCUGAUUAAGCAGCUGUGCUUCGACCACAAGUCCUAAGAAAACUCAGCGGCAGAAUCUCCUUAAACAGACAACCGAGGAUAAACAUAAAACAGGGUUGACAGAGGAUGUCCAGAGCUGACUGGGGUUUUCUGGAGCACCUGCUAGAGGAAGGUCAGGAGUACUCGACUGGCGUGGGGCGAGUGUGGCUAACCGUGCUCUUCCUCUUCCGCAUGCUUGUGCUUGGCACAGCGGUUGAAUCUGCAUGGGACGACGAACAGUCUGACUUUGUCUGCAACACCAAACAGCCUGGCUGUGAGUCCGUCUGUUAUGACAAGGCCUUUCCCAUCUCCCACUUCCGUUUCUUCGUUCUGCAAGUCAUCUUCGUCUCAGCACCAACCAUUUUCUACUUUGGCUACGUGGCCCUGAGGACUAGAAAUGCAAAGAGGUCAGAAGGUAAGCCAGAAGAGGAGGGGAGAACACAGAGACAUAGUAAAACCAACGAGUUUAAGCUGGAGGUAAUAAAGGAGGAAGAGGAAGUGAGCAACGAGAAGGAAAUAGAGAAAAAUCACAAACCUCAAGUCCCUUCAAAGCUCAAAGGCAAACUGCUGUGUGCUUAUGCGACCAGCCUUGUGCUAAAGAUUCUCAUUGAGAUUGGCUUCAUUGUGGGUCUAUGGAUCCUUUAUGGGUUCGUUAUCAAGGCCAAGUACGAGUGCGAGAGGUUUCCCUGUCCUCACACGGUGGACUGUUUUGUCUCCCGACCCACAGAAAAAACAAUCUUCACCAUAUACACGCAGGUCAUUGCCGCAGUCUCUGUUCUCCUCAACGUUGUGGAGCUUCUCCAUCUAAUUCAGCUAGCUGUAACCCAUCGACUAGAGAGGAGAUAUCAAUGCGAGGAGGAGAUUAAUAAACUUAUUAGAGCGACUUCUUCUAGAAAAGCACCAGCUAGAGCUCAAAUACCAUCAUUUGAGGGGAAAAAACAUCUCUUUCUUCCUGUGGCGCAUGACUGCUACCCUACAUCAGGGUUAGACUGGGAUAAAAGAGAUCCUACUUUAACAGAGGACAUGCUCCCUAGCUACACAAAGUGCAUGAGCAAUGUGAAAUCUGCCAUAACUAAAAACAAUCUUCAUAAAAAACAUCACAGGACUGAAGAUAAACGGAGACAUUAUGUAUGAGGAUUACAAAAUGAGAACCAAGGCUUGCGUAAAUGUCCAUUAGUGGUUGACUGUGCAUUUGAGGGCCAUUACCUUUGUUUAGACAGGCAGGGAACUGCCUUUUGUGAUAUGUGGCCAUAUACGGGAGCCUCUCAAGUAGUGAUUCGUUUUUGAGAGGCUCAAGGUCAAGAAAUACUCAAAACACUGAGCCUAUGUCUAAAAACGGCAAAGUUAAAGUCUAGUGCUGCAAUGAAUGAUAGAUAUGGUACAGAUAAGGAAGUCCAUAAUGUACAGUAUUUAAGGCCAAAAUCAAAGUCAAACUAUACCAACCAAAUGUAUAUACAAUAUUUAAAAUCUAUUUAUGAAUUCAUUUCAUUUAAAAGUUAUUUUAAUGAAAAGAGUUCUGGUUCCAUUUUUGAAAAUGAUUCGGUCUUUGUUAGAUAUAUACAGUAUGUUGCGUUCACACCAUGUUGUUAUUACAGUUUAAGUUAUUCAAGUUAAAAAUGGUUACGCCAAUCUUACAUUAAAAAUAAGGUGGAUAGACAAAUCCAAAAAUACAAGUACUUAAAAUGCCUUAAACUUUGUAUGUCUUUUGUAUUUAUUAAGUUUUUCAGUCAGUAAUUAUUAAACAGAAGUAUCACAAAAUAACUGCAUUUUACAGCUGAAGCAGCUGCCAUUUUUGGUGUUUGUAUAUGCUGCAGCAGUCGGGUGGUACAAGACGAAAAAAAAAAAAUUACAAGUUGUAAUUACAAGUACUACAAGGCUGUGAACACCUUUUACAAGUUGUAAUUGAAACAUGCCAUGAAUGCACCUAUAUGCCCAGUUGGGGAAGAUUAUUGGAAAAACGUGCAUCUACAUUUUCGCAAAACUCCAAACAUGUUACUGCUGUUAUGUGUGUUCGUACAACAACCAACUUAUGAAUAAAAGUUUGCCAGAUUCAUAUUCAUCCGUUUUGGAUAAAGCUAAUCAUGGUUUUAGCGACACUCGCUGGACAUAUCAUGUUCAAAAUAUCGUUUUGCAGAAAUUUUGCCAACAGGUAUGUUUCUCCAAUGAGCCUGGGUUAUAUAACUGCAUUAUGUUAGAUAAGCAUAAUCACAAACUGUGCAACUACUAAAGCGAUAUAUACAGAGUGAGCAGUUGUUCCCUGGUAAACACUUCAUAAAACACUGAAAACAUUAACAUGCUUAAUAUUUAUGUAGUGAUAUGAUCAACCAUUUUUUUGGGAAAGUGGUACAUUCCACCUGUAUAAAAGGGGAUGUGAUUGACAUCCAGGUAGCAUGUCAUUUGGGGGUCACGGAUAUGACGUCAUCUUGUGUGCGCCGUGUUUAUGUCCAGCAGUGUGGCUGAGGAGAGAUUUUUUUAGAUGCGGAUAAACUUCUAUCUCUACAAACCUCCAACUCGUACGCCAGUGAGUGCGCGGGUCGGUGUGAGUUAUUAUCUGCAGUGACACGGGGGGCCAGGAGGUGUUGCAGCAGGCUUUUGUGGUCUAUUUGAGAGUAUUUGCACGCGUUUCAGUCUCGACACCGGAGAGCUUCUGGGCGGGGUGGACUGUCCUUCAUUGUGCCUGCUAAUUCUUUCAACUACUCUUCUGCCAUUUACUGGACGUCUGUGAGUACCAGUGAGUGAGGAUUGCCAGUGACCUGGUGUCCUUGUUUCCGUCAGGCAGCGAGUGAUAAGUGUUUCUGACAAAUAAUAACCUGAUGUGCAUAUGUGACUGUGUAUGAAUGUGGGUAUUUUGUUUCUUAUGUUGUUCUGUUUCCUUUCCCUUCAGAAUUGGGGUACCAGUCCUAGCCAGUGUCGUGUGUGGUGGUGGUGUGGCUGUAGGUUUGCGGUGUUCACAACGUGGGUGAUGAUGCUGUGUGGUUAGAGCACAAGUGUUUGCUGUGUUCAUUGGAUAAGUAACUUGAGUCCCCCAGUUCUGAAAUCGGAAAAUUGUUUGUCUUUCAUAUUUUUAUGAUCCAUGCCUAUCCCUUUUUUUAGUGCUUAUUAAAAUAAUAAAUUGUGUAUAUAUAAAUUAGUGAUUUUGAAUAAAUUGUUGAAUUCUG